CAAAAAACACACAGCAAGGCUGCAGCAUAAGCAGAGCGCGAACACGAGCACCUUCGAGUCUGAACACUCGUUCAAGUUUGUUUCGUGAUUUGCCGCAAUGGUAGGUCCGUCCAGCGCCGACGGUCGUAGGGGAGUUAGAAUCGCCGUCGCCGGUGACGGAGGUACCGGAAAAUCCACACUCAUAGCCGCAAUUGGAUCGGAUUCUUUCCCCGAGUCCGUUCCGGCUGUGCUUCCUCCAACUCGUUUACCCCAUUAUCUGUACCCCGAUUCCGUUCCCCUUACGCUCAUCGACACUCCUUCCAGCUUGGCAAAACAAGACACGCGCAAUGAAGAAUUGAAGCGAGCCGAUGCGGUGGUUUUAACAUAUGCUUGUGAUGAACCCGAGAGCUUUGAGCGUGUGAGUACUUACUGGCUCCCUGAACUGCGGAAGUUGGAGGUGCAGGCACCUGUGAUUGUGGUGGGUUGCAAGCUUGAUCUACAGAAUGAAGACCGGCUUGUGAGCUUAGAGAGUCUCACGGCACAUAUCAUGAGACGGUUCACUGAAAUUGUCACCUGUGUUGAAUGCUCUGCAGCUACUUUUUAUCAGGUCCCUGAAGUUUUUUAUUUUGCCCAAAAAGCAGUACUGCAUCCAGUAGAUCCGUUGUUUGAUUAUAAAAGACAUGCUUUAACAGAUCGAUGUGUGAGGGCAUUAAGAAGAAUAUUUGUUCUUUGUGAUCAUGACAUGGAUGAUGCCCUCAAUGAUGAAGAACUAAAUGACUUUCAGGUUAGAUGCUUUAAUGCACCGUUGCAGCCAUCUGAAAUAGAAAAUGUCAAAACAAUUGUAGAGCAGAAAGUUCCUGAAGGAGUCAACUCUGUUGGUCUUACCUUCCCAGGCUUUAUUUAUGUGAAUAAUAUGUUUCUAAAGAAAGGGAGAACAGAGACAUUCUGGGCUGUUCUAAGAAAGUUUGGAUAUGAUAAUGAUUUAAAGCUCCGGGAUGAUUUCCUUCCAGUGCCUCUUAAGCAGACUUCUGAUCAGAGUGUGGAGCUGACAGGUGAUGCUGUAGAGUUUUUGAAUGGUAUCUUUCGAUUGUUAGAUACAGAUAAAGAUCGAUCCCUACGACCUGCUGAAGUUGAUAAGCUAUUUGAAACUGCUCCAGAAAGUCCAUGGAACGAUGCUCCGUAUAAGGAUGCAACAGAGAAAACCGAUAUGGGUUAUAUCUCUCUGAAUGGAUUUCUGUCUCAGUGGGCCCUUAUGACAUUGCUUGAUCCACCACAUAGCUUGGCCAAUUUAAUUUACAUUGGAUAUAAUGGCAAUCCUGCUGCAGCACUCCGUGUCACUCAUAGAAGAUCAUUAGAUCGCAAGAAGCAAACAACAGAAAGAAAUGUGUUCCAAUGCUAUGUUUUUGGUUCUAAACAUGCCGGGAAAUCUACUUUGUUGUAUUCAUUAUUGGGGAGGCCUUUCUCAAGUAAUUAUACUCCAACGACAGUUGACCAGUAUGCGGCAAAUGUAGUUGAAUUAAAACGGGUGAGGGGAACUAGGAAAAUUCUCAUAUUGCGUGAGAUACCAGAGGAUGGAUUAUUGGAAUUUUUGUCAAAUCAGGAUUUUUUGGCUGCGUGUGAUGUUGCUGUGUUUGUGUAUGACAGCUCAGAUGAAUAUUCAUGGAAGAAAUCCAGAGAUUUGCUUGAGAAGGUUGUUAGACAAGGAGAACUAGCUGGUUAUAGAGUUCCUUGCCUGCUCAUUGCUGCCAAGGAUGAUUUAACGCCAUUCCCAAGGGCAGUACUAGAUUCGGUUAAGGUUACUCAAGAAUUGGGAAUAGAGGCACCUAUUCAUGUAAGUAUGAAAUUAGGUGAUUCUAGUAAUGUGUACCAUAAAAUUGUUAAUACUGCAGAACACCCUCAUUUGAGCAUUCCAGAAACUGAGAAUUCAAGGAAAAGAAAGCAACACCACCAGCUUCUUCACCACUCCCUCAUUUUUGCCUUAGUUGGGGCUGCUUUGGCGGUUGUUGGUUUAACGGCACGUCGUGCACGUACAGUGAAGAAGAAUAGUGCUGCUUAGCCAACAAACAACUGUUAUGCUAUUGCCUCUAACUUAUUAACUGUCCACUUCAUCUCCAGUUUUGCUUUCUAACCUUGGGCUACCUAAAGUUAAAUAUUUGAUGUAUAGUAAUUACAAAUCACAUUUAUUAUUGUU